AUGAACCUAAGGGCAAUGGCGGGGUUCUUGUCGGGCCUCUCCAGGCGCUUCAAGACCAUUCUCAGCUCCUUGCGCAAUCGGUUCGAUCCCGCCGAACGGUUGGUGGCCUUGCAGGAGCUUUCAGAAGUACUCAGUGUCAGCAGCGAGGACAGUCUCGCAGGCUACUUUCCCACGGAGUCAUUUGUCAAAGAGCUCAUCGCCUUGCUCGGGGGCAACCCUAGUGAUGCCAGCAUCGAGUCAGGUGUUGUCGCGCCAGAUUCUGACGUCGCGGCUGCUCUUGCAGCGGCUGAUGCUGCAGAUGCGGGCGACAACACGGAAAUAAUGCUUCUGGCAGCCCGAUGCCUGACCAAUCUCAUGGAGGCGAUGCCAUAUGCGACACACAGCGUUGUCACAAAUGGUGCUAUCCCAUUGCUCAAUUCGAAGUUGAUGUUCAUCGAAUUUAUCGACCUCGCCGAGCAGGUGUUGCAGACGCUGGAGAAGAUCUCGGUCGACUAUCCUAAUGCAAUCGUCGAGGAAGGCGGCUUGAUGGCAAUGCUGCAGUAUAUCGAUUUUUUCAACAUUCAUGUUCAGCGCACUGCGAUGAACGCUGUCUCCAAUUGCUGUCGAAAGCUUAAUUCGGACAAUUUUGACAAGGUCAAAGAUGCUAUGUCUCAGAUCCAGGGCAUGCUCGCGUCGCCUGAUCGUCGUCUCAAAGAAUCGGCCGUCCGGUCGGUAGUCCGCAUCAUCGACAGCUAUAAAGCAUUUCCUGAGAUUUUGGAAACGCUUAUCACAGAGGAUGUUUGCGCCGCUACGAAAUUUGUCCUCGAGCCGAGCGCAGGCAGUAAUGGAUCCAGUGGCGCCAUCAUCAGCACGUCGAUGUAUACCGACCUCGUCAAAGCGUUGUGCAACGCUUCGAAAGCAACUCCACAGAUCACCGCGCAUCUCUUGCAAUCGGGCAUCGGCGCGACUCUUUACUGCAUUCUCACUGGCUCGAAAGCAGCUGAUACUGGCAACCUUGUUUCUGCCGACCCGCUCAGUAAGCCGGACGAAACUAUAGGCAACGUGUCGAUCUCAGGCCAAAGCCCAGUCGUUAAAAUGACUCUGCUCCAAAACUUGUCAACGAAGCCCAAAGAGCAGAUUCAGGAAGCUCUUACGCUUGUUUGCGAGUUGCUCCCUCCACUUCCGUGGACAGACAUAUUCGAUCAGCGCAAUUACUCGGAGAAAGCGCUGAAACGAAAGAAGCACGAAUUGGCCAAGAGAGAGGGUGUGGCCAAGGGCAGGAACAGUCUCGAGCCUCCCACCGCCAAUUCGCAGAUGGAAAGUUCUGAAGACACUGUCGAGGCAGCCCCUACAUCCCAAGCGUCCCAAAUCAAGAAAGAGUAUCGCAAGGGGUCGAAGGAAGCUGCAGCUCAGGUGGCGCACGCUAGACGUCUCGAAAUGCUCAACGAGCAGAAAGACCGUCUUUUGAAACUGAGCGCCAUGAUCCUCCCCGCACUAGUCGACAUCCACACUGCUUCCAUCACUCCAAGCAUUCGUUCCAAGGCCAUGACUGCGAUUCUCAAGAUAUUGGCUUUUGCCGAUGCAUCUCAACUGGAAGGAUUGCUGCGGUCUGUGCCUAUGUCUACUUUUGUAGCCGGGGUGUUGUCUUCUAAGGACAGCCCGACUGUCAUACAAGGGUCGUUGCAAGUCGUCGAGUUGCUUUUGACCAAAUUGGGACACAUCUAUUGCGCACUCUUGGAGCGAGAGGGAGUCAUGUGGGAAGUCAAGCAGCUAGCAAAGCAACCUGUUUCCGACACUGGCAUGUCCAACAAAGCCAUUGGACUUCCUGCCGAUACGCUCUCGACGGAGUCUCAAAACACAGACGAUUCUCCUGCCUCAGAGGCUCCGAAGCUGGGGACAGUUGGCAAUAGCGGCUUACGGCAAGUGAAGGAUGCGAAUGUCCUGCGAGCUCGCAUGGUCCAUCUUGUGUUUGGAAGGCACAAGCAAAAGACACCCAAUAAUACAGAAUCGUCCACGGCUGACAGCCUCGAGCGGGCGAGUGGACUCGCACAGCAAAUCGCCUCGGGAUCCUUUGAAUCCGAAGGGGCCGCUGCCUCAUGUUUGCACUCUGCUUUUGCUCUCCUCCAGUCCAAUGGCGAAGGGCUCUCAGGAUUCGAGGUUGUCAAGUCGGGAUUGAUCAACGCACUGCUCAUCUUCUUGAAUGCAGACUCCGACGCAAGCCUUGCGAGUAGGCGAAAAGGCCUACUUCGUGACACCAUGAAGUUCAUGCCAGAAUCAUCUCGAAACCUCAUUCAGAGACUUCAAGAAAGCCUUAGCCGUCUUGAAAGGGUUGAGAUGGUUUCGGUAGCCGGAAGCCUGGAUGAUGAGCAUCGACGCUCUCCAGCAGCGGCACUGAGCAAGCAGAUUCGCUUGCGGCUCGUGGCCGAUGAUCCUGAUGGCAUUCCGAAAAGCUGCAACAACAUCAUCGUCAGCAUUCAUGCGGUGGCGUCAUUUGGCUCGUUACAUGACUUCUUGCGUCCGAAGAUCGCUUUAGGGAAUUCGCUUAUUGGACCUGGCACCUCGAGGCUUUCAUCUGUGCUUGCAGCCUUCGCUGCAGCAGCUCAGGGGCAAGAGAGCCCGCGCGAGCCAACACGGAACACGAACAGUUUGACUUCAGAUGGUGCAUCGACCGCGACCGCAACCGAGUCAGUGGAAGCGCACACCAGAGGGGUUGCAAGCGGCCAGAACUCAGGGUCCACAACGCACCCUGGUCAGGUGACUUCCGAUGAGCAGGCUGACAAGACUCUGCAAAGAGAGCAAGGUCUAUUACGUGGGGAAAGUGCAUCUCUUGCGGACGCACUCAUGCAAAACCUCAUGCACGAUGACAUGGAUCCCCUCGAUGAGGACCUUGAAGAAUUGGACAUUAUCGAAAGGGAGAUCAGCCCCCCCGAAUCUGGAGACCCUUCAGCUCGGCAACUUCCUGGCUCCAGAGCCGAAGAGCAGGAAACGAAUGUGUCUGCUCCUGAUACGGCCAACACAAGUACUGCCGAGCCCAAUUCUCAGACCAAGUUGGCUUCUUAUUCUGAGGCCGUCCAAAAGCCUGCCACAGAUUGGCACUUGGCCUUUUCUGUCGAUGGCGAGGACGUAGGUCUACCCGAGACUAUUUUCAGCGCUAUCUAUCGCGCCGAGAAGCGGAAGAAUGCGUCAUUUUCUUUUGAACGUACGAUCUGGCAGAACCUCGUCACUGUGCGCUUCAGAAAGGUGCCGGGCACUCGCGCACGCGAUCACGAAGAAAUUUACGGCAUUGCCGCCGAAAAGCAACCCGCUGUAAGCAGCAUUUUCCCUGAAGACUCAACAGAGCUCAAGAUCCUGCGCCUUCUGGAAGUGCUGUAUCAUGCAAUGAGUUCUCUUUCAAGGCACAGCUCCCAGUCUGGGAUUCGCCAUUUGGACACAUCACUGUUCAUCAACAACAAACUCACCGCCAAGCUCAAUCGCCAAUUGGAAGAACCAUUGAUCGUCGCCAGUACCUCUCUCCCUGACUGGGCAGUGGGGCUCCCUUUGGAGUAUCCAUUCCUCUUUCCUUUUGAGACGCGCUUCUCCUUUCUUCAGUCAACAAGCUUUGGCUAUGCGCGAUUGAUUGCGCGAUGGCAACUUCUGCACCGGGGAAGUGACAACGGAAGGAAUGAGGAUUCAUUUGGCUUUUUGAGCCGGCUUCAAAGGCAAAAGGUGCGGAUUUCGAGGCGUCGGUUGCUCGAUUCUGCAGUCAAGAUUUUCGAUCUCUAUGCAUCGAACUCGUCAAUUCUUGAGGUAGAAUACUUCGAUGAGGUCGGCACUGGCCUUGGUCCAACACUCGAAUUUUACAGCCUUGUCUCCCAAGACUUUGCGCUUAAAGAAAAUAACAUCUGGUUGGACGAGCAAACGAAUCCUCAGAGCCUUCACGUGUCAGCAGCUCAUGGUUUGUAUCCCAUUCCGAUCUCGUCAAGUGCCUCGACCACUUUGGAAGGUAGUAAGCGUCUUGGAUUGUUCCGCACUCUCGGAACAUUUGUGGCCAAGGCGUUGCUUGACUCGCGCAUCGUCCAAAUCGAUUUCUCGCGGCUCUUCAUAUCGGCUAUCCUUGGUCGCAAGGUCGCAUACAAUCUCGACACGCUUGCUCAAGUUGAUGGUGGACUAGCUUCCUCCCUCAAGGCGAUCCAGAGCGUCGCUCCUGAGGAUGUCGCAACGCUUCAUCUCGACUUCACCCUACCAGGGGACAGCAAUUAUGAGCUAGUCCCCGGAGGUAGCGACAAGAAGGUCAGCGGAAACAACGUCAACGACUACAUCAGCGCGGUUAUCGAUGCGUACCUUGACAGUGGCAUCCAGCCAGUCGUUGAAUCCUUCCGUGCGGGGUUCGAGAAAGUUUUCAUGCUCAGCUCUCUCAAGCCCUUCACCGCCGACGAGCUCGUCCUGCUUUUCGGCAACUCACAGGAAGAUUGGUCUGCGGAAACUCUCUUGAGCAAUAUCAAGCCUGAUCAUGGCUUCACACCGGAGAGCGAACCCUACCGAAAUUUGCUGUCCAUCAUGCAGGAUUUCACCGACCAAGAGCGCCGCACGUUUCUUCAAUGGCUGACGGGCUCGCCAAAAUUACCCAUUGGGGGGUUCAAGGCUUUGCAUCCUCAGCUGACUGUCGUGAAACGACCUCACGAGGCGCCGUUGAAACCGGAUGAUUAUUUGCCAAGUGUCAUGACAUGUGUCAACUACCUCAAACUUCCUUCUUACUCUGGCAAAGAGGUCAUGCGCCAAAGACUCAACACUGCUAUGCUCGAAGGCGGUACUGCAUUCCACCUCUCAUGA